UAAAUCAUCCCCAAAUAAAAGGGCUUGAAAAAGGCGAGGUUCUCAAAGCCUCAGUGAUCAAUCCAAUACAACUUCAUGUGGAUUAUUGGGCCAUUAAGUAUUUGGUAUAAAUGUGAGGUUGGAAUUGAGACAAAGAAGUUCUAAUCUCUUUUUGUGAACACAGCCCAUAAGAAAAUGAGAAAUUACACUUUGGGUUUUACUCUCAAUGUCCUAGUCCUUGGCGUCUUCAUUUAUAUAUUAUCAUUUGCAACUACUGCUGAUGGAUCUGCAGAUGGAGUAUGUGAAAAAGUGGACUGUGUAAAAGGGGAGUGCGUAGAAACAGGAGCAUUUCUGGGACUUGGAUUUGAAUGUGUUUGUGAUCCUGGUUGGACACAAAUGCAACUUGGGCCUGUUGCUUUUCCUGCAUGCACUGUUCCUAACUGUACCCUCGAUCUUGGUUGUAAGGGUCGAACGCCCUCCCCACAUUUGUCUCCUCCAAGCUCACCCUUUAAAAUUACUGACCCUUGCAGUUUAAUAUGGUGUGGUAAUGGAAAAUGUGAAAUUACCGGAACGGGAUACGACUGCAAAUGUAAUGAAGGCUCCACCCAAUACAUGAAUAUGUCUAAGCUACCUUGUCUUGAUGAAUGCGCUUUGGGAGCAAAUUGCAAAGGAGUGACACUGGAUCCCCUGCGGAGUCUUCCACCCCCUCCAUCUCCGGGGCAUGAUGGACCAUGCAAGUAUGUGGACUGUGCAAAAGGUAAGUGCGUAGAAACAGGUGAAUUUUUUGAACUGGGAUUCCGAUGCAAUUGUGACCCUGGUUGGACCCAAAUACAAGUUGGCCCUCUUACUUAUCCUGCAUGCAAUGUUCCCAACUGUACACUCAAUUUAGGUUGUGGCAAUCAACAGGCAGCCUCGCCACCUUUAUCUCCGGCAUCCUUUAAUAUCUUUGACCCUUGUAGUUUAGUAUGGUGUAAUAAUGGAAAAUGUGAAGUUAACGGAACUAAACAUUACUGCCAAUGCAAUGAAGGCUCCGAAAAUUUGAUGGAUGUACCUGAGCUACCUUGUUUCGAUCAAUGCGUCUUUGGAGCAGAUUGCAAAGGAUUGGAGUUAGGUGGUAACCAGCCGAUCCGUACACCCCCUGCACCUCCAGGGAAUGGAUCCAGUGGUGUCCCUAAGGAUCCCAAUGGCUGGAGGAGUCUUCGUGCUUUCUCUGUUUUGCUGCUACUUACCAUUUCUACAGUUUUAAUAUAGACGUUGAUUGUUGUACUUGACCAACUUCUGUUCUGUUGGUCAUGAGUACAUAUACUUAAAAGUUGCUAAUACAAUUAUUCACUUCCAUAACAACUUUGAGAGUAUAUAUAUGAGAUAUGCACAGUGACAUGUACAUAAUUUUUCAUAUGGAUGAUGCUAGCUAAUAAAACGUAUGCUUUAAGCUCCAAAAUAUUGAGGUUUCGAAAAAAAUUUAAUAAUAAA